AUGUCCAAAGAGAGAGUGGCUAUCAUAGGUUCUGGUAACUGGGGCUCUGCGAUAGCUAGACAAGCAGGGAAGAAUGUUCUCAAACAUGGUAAUGUCUUUGAGGAAAGGGUACCAAUCUGGGUGUAUGAAGAGGAGUUUGAAGGACAGAAAUUGACGGAAAUCAUCAACACCACACAUAUCAAUAAGAAAUAUUUGCCCGAUGUGGAAUUACCAAGUAACGUGGUAGCUAUCCCAGAUCUGGUGGAGGCGGUGAAAGGUGCUACGGCUUUAGUUUUCGUCAUGCCUCAUCAAUUCUUCCCUAAGAUACUCGAGGGUCUGAAAGGUCAUGUUGACCACGGUAUCAAAGCUAUUUCAUUGAUCAAAGGCGUAGAAGUACACGGAAAUGAUAUCAGGAUAUUCGCCGAUGUCAUCGAAAGUCAACUCGGUAUAUCAUGUUCAGCAUUGAGUGGGGCGAACAUCGCUAGUGAAGUGGCUAUCGAUAGGUUUUCCGAGACUACCAUAGGGUAUAGAAAGAAAGAAGAUGGGGAGAUGUGGAAAAAAUUAUUCGAAACACCCAGUUUCAAGGUUCAUCUAAUCGAUGAUGUGGCUGGAGUAAGUCUCUGCGGAGCGUUGAAAAACAUUGUUGCUGUCGCCGCUGGUAUCGUCGAUGGAUUGGGAUACGGCAAUAACUCGAAAGCCGCCAUCAUGCGUAUAGGUUUACUCGAAAUGAAACACUUUUGUCAGGAAUUCUUCAAGGAUGUCAAAGAUGGCACAUUUCUGGCGGAGAGCGCGGGAGUAGCAGAUGUGAUCACUUCUUGUAUGGGUGGUAGAAAUUUCAAAGUAGCUUCGGCAUUUGUUACCCAGAAGAAACCUUUCGAUGUUCUUGAGCAAGAGAUGUUGAAUGGACAAAAGCUGCAGGGUAUUCACACUGCAAAAGAGAUUCAUCAUUUUCUAAAAUCACACGGAAGAUUAGGCGCCUAUCCCUUAUUUGACAAGGUGUAUCAUAUUUGUUGGGACGGCAUGCCAGUGGAUCAGCUCACUGAAGGUUUGUAA